AGCAGCAGCAGCAGCAGCAGCAGCGGAAUUGGCAGCAAAAUGGGUCGUCGUCAGCACAGGGACUUCCGGCGAUGAUGGCGGCGGCGGCGACAGUAUCUGCGAGCCAAAACAGCUUGUACGGCGGUAACGGUGGUGGCGGAGCCGCGUCGACGGGCGCGACGGUGAAGAUCUCGGGGUCGAUGGGGCAUUUUUCUCGCGAUCCUUCUUCCGAUUUCAAAUCACGGUCUCUUGCCGAGCGCGCGCUGAUGGCGACGGCCGAUCCCGGGCAGAAGUUUGUGUUUGAGCAGUUUCUGCGGAAGGAAUACCAGUUUGGCAUCGAUCCCAGCCGGCCGAUAUGUAAGAAAUACGUGCAAGGCAAGUGCGAGCUCGGGAACGCGUGUCCGGAUAAACAUGUGAUGCCCUCGGCGCCGAAUCAGGUGGUGUGCAAGCAUUGGCUGCGAGGGCUGUGUAAGAAAGGCGAGUCGUGUGAGUUUUUGCACGAGUAUAAUCUGCGCAAGAUGCCAGAGUGUACGUUUUUCGCGAGAAACGGGUUCUGCACGCAGUCGCCAGACUGCUUGUAUCGGCACGUCGACCCGCAGUUGCGGAUCCCGCCGUGUCCGAACUACGAGCGCGGGUUCUGCAGAUUAGGACCCGAGUGCACGAAGCGACACGUGCGAAGGACGCUGUGCGAGUUGUAUCUUGCCGGGUUCUGUCCUAGGGGACCCGAGUGCGAGAAGGUGCAUCCGAAGUGGAGUUUUAGCGAGGCGAUUAGGAUACGAGCGAAGGGGGAGGUUGUGCAGAGCAAGUUUGGGGAGGAUGAUGGGAUGCGGGCGGGAGAGGAGGGGAUGGGAGGGUAUGGAGGGAAGAGUGGGCGAGCAGAUGAGGAUGUUAUUAAGGUGCUCAGCUGAUGCCAUUGUAAAAGUGAAUGGCAGAUGAGGAUGUUAUUAAGGUGCUCAGUUGAUGCUAUUAUAAAAGUGAAUGGCAGAUGAGGGUAUCAAGGUGUCAGUUGAUGAUUGCUAUAUAUUAUCUACUAUUUACAUGGAAGGAGUUGGGAGUAUUGGAU